UUUUAGCUCUUAGCGAGCUGCUACUAUAACGGUGCGAGAAAUAAACAAUUCUCAGACCCCAUGUUUCCGCUGAUGUACAACUUACGUCACAUAUCUUUGGCUAAAGUGACCCCAGCCAUCAGAUGUUAUGCUGCAGUGAAAACCGCAGGAUUUCAUGGAAAGCUUGAGCGUCCUCCUCCUGGAUUCGGUAGAACAACACCGUUCAGUUUGUUCAUCAAGGAAAACUUCGCAUCAAGGAAAAACGAACAGCCCACAGAAGUUUUCAGUAACCUUACGAAACAAUGGAAAAAUUUAGACGAAGCUGAUAGAAAAAAAUAUGUUGAUGAAGCAUUACGAAUAAACGAAGAAAAAAGAUCAAAAUUCGAAUCGAUGAGUGAAGCAGAAAAAGAGGAGCUUCGUAGACGGGCCAAAAAUUUGAACGAGGCUCGCUUAAAACGACGAAUACGUUUGGAAAGGAGGAAAAAGCGGGAAGCUGAUGGUCAACGGCCAAUGUCAGGUUGGAUGCUUUUUGUGAAGGAGAAAGCUAUAAAAGGGACCGCCGACGUUGGUAAAAAACAGCAGGAUAUCAUCAGGGAAUUGGCAUUUGUCUGGAAAUCACUUCCCAAAUCUGAUAAAGAUGCAUACAGUGAACGGGCAAAAACUCUUUCGAUAAGUGGAGGGAAAUGUGAUUGA